CCCAAUUGUGUGUCACAUGACUGCCAGCUGAUAACAGGAAGUUUUUUGCAGUUGUCAGCGUUGUGCAAGAGCUGGGUUUUCAGCAUCAGAUGUCUCCCAUGCCCGUCUCUUCUGCACAUUCUGUUGCCCUGAACACCGGGCUUCAGAUGCCUCUGUUGGGACUGGGGACCUACAAGCUCUGUGGCCCUGCAGAUGUUUAUCAGGCUGUGGAUGCUGCUCUGGCUGCUGGAUACAGAUCCUUCGACAGUGCAGCGGUCUAUCGCAAUGAAGCUGACUUAGGCAAAGCUCUGAGAGAACUUCUUCCAAAACAUGGCUUGAAUAGAGAGGAUGUGUUCAUAACCAGUAAGCUGGGCCCUAAGGAUCAAGGUGUGAGGGCGAUGGAGGGGGCUCUCCACAGUUUGUCCCAGCUGGACUUGGACUACAUUGACCUCUACCUGAUCCACUGGCCCGGUACUCAAGGGCUGCCAGUGGCUGACGACUGCAACCCAGGUAACCGAGCUCAGAGUUGGGCUAGUCUGGAGGAGCUGCAUGGUCAGGGGAAGCUGAGAGCCAUUGGAGUCUCCAACUACACACCAGCACACAUGAGCGCUCUGAUGCAAAGCUGUAAAGUUCCUCCUGCAGUCUUACAGGUGGAGUUUCACCCGCGACUCUGCCAGCCUGAACUGAGGAGUCUGUGUAAGGAGUUUGGUGUCUGUUUUCAAUUGUACUCAUCUUUAGGGAAAGGAGAGCUGCUCACUGACCCGGUGAUCCUGGAGGUGGCAAAGAACUGCGAACGCACACCUGCACAGGUUUUGUUACGCUGGGCGGUGCAGCAGGGCGUCCCGGUUCUUCCCAAAUCCUCAAAUCCAGAGCGAAUACUGCGGAACGCCGAGGUGUUCGACUUCACCCUGAGCGACCCAGAUAUGGACCGGCUGUCGGCUCUGGACUGUGGUCAGAGGUUCUGCUGGGAUCCAUCGGAGGUGGCCUGAAACAGCAGCAGUGGGUGGAAAGAUCUGCCAUGAUGUUUUAAAACCUUAACAGAGGGAAAAUGCAGACGUGAUAUUUGCUUCGUAGUUGAAUCUCGGUUUGCUGUUUAAACCAAGUAUCUACAGGAUUUCUACACAUUUUAACAUUUAAAGGUAAAAUUAUGUUAAAAAGAUUAAUCUGCACAUUUUUACAAAAUGCUGCUGUUUGCACCUCUCAUUCACACAGAAACAGUUUUACUGUGAGAAAAACUAAGAAGUUUGCCAAUCGCCCACUAUCACUUCCUGAUUUCACAACAAUAGCAACUUUUGUUUUUUCAUGGGUAUCUCACUUUGUUCUGACAUGAAAACUUCUAAUGUGUUGAAAACAUUGUGUGCUGAAAAUAAACAAAAGUCCAGCUGUCAUAGUUACCAACAGGAGAACCAAUGGCUGUUUCUGUUUGCGGACCAAAGCUGAGCACAAAUGUUUCUGUUUUUGAAAAUAUCCUUAAAGCUGAGGCCUUGAAUGUUAUUGUUUUGUGGUUAUUUUCCUGCCAUCUUUAGUAUUAACUGUGUCUUUAUUAAAUGCUUGGUGCUACAGUUUUAACUUUCUUCAGCCAUUCAUUUCACUGUGUUUUGAUUUGACUUUAUAUGACUGACCAACACAAAGCAGCGCAUAUCUGAAGUGGAUGGAUAAUUAUACAUUUUCUUUACAGGGACACAUUUAAAAAAUGUACGUUGCAUUUGUGUAACUCUGUCUUCAAUAAAUGUAACAAACUCUCUUCA